GCGCCCUGCGCUGACAGUGGGGCCGCGACUGUCGGGCACUCUCGGCUCCCUGAUAAGCUCGGCCGCGCUAUCGGCGGGCAUUGCCCUGAUGGAAAGAUUUGCGUUUUGUUGCCUUCAGCACAAGAGGUUUGCUCUUGUUGCCUGUGGAUGAGAAGGAAUUCCAUGCAGCAUGUUUUCUGGGUGGAACUGGGUGGCCUAUGGAUUCUAUCUGCUGCUGAAUAUUUGUUCUCUUGAAGCUUCAGGUGGACUUGUGCAGUCAUGUGGUCACAUCAUCCCGGAAUCUCCUGUAUUGGCCCUUGGUUCCAAUUUCACAGCAUUAUGCAUUCUGAAUGAGAGUUGUCUUGACUUUGGCAAUAUCUAUGCUAGUCAGAUUAUCUGGAAAAUUAAAAAUAGAGUGGUACCUAAAGAACAAUAUCGUGAAAUAAACAGAACGGUUUCCAGUGUCACAUUUAAUGACACUUCUUCGCUAGCUACUCCUCUGACAUGCAACAUUUUAGCAGAUGGACAGAUUGAACAGAACAUUUAUGGAAUUACAGUUACAGUAGGCUUGCCCCCAGAGAAGCCCAAGAACUUAAGUUGCAUUGUGCAUCAGGUGUCAAAACUCACAUAUCCUAUGACUUGUACCUGGAACCCUGGAAGGCAUACAUUCCUGGAUACUCAGUUCAGAUUAAGAUACAGGUGGCCACGAGAGAAUUUUCCUGACUGUGUACCAAAAGAUGUAAACAAUUCUUGUACAAUUCCUGAUGUUCAGUUCUUUGUUAACCUGGAGAUCUGGGUAGAAGCAGCAAAUGCUCUUGGGAAGGCUGAAUCUGAUCCCCUUGUUCUUGAUCCCAUUGAUAUUGUUCAACCACUGCCUCCCCACAAUGUAACAGUCAGCUCAGGAAUACUGCCAACUGUCCUGAAGCUUUCCUGGGAGAAUCGUAUUUCAUCUGCUGUGAUGAAGCUGAAAUUCAAUAUUCGCUAUAGGAUCACUGGUGACACAAACUGGAUGGAGAUUCCUUCUGAAGAUACAGCUUCCCCAAGAACUUCAUUCAGUGUUCAAGGGCUCCAGCCCUUCACAGAGUAUGUCUUUUCCAUUCGUUGCAUGAAGGAAGAUGGAGUGGGCUACUGGAGUGACUGGAGUGAAGAAAAGACUGGAAUCACUACUGAAGAUAAACCAUCUAAAGGACCACCCAUAUGGAGGAUCAUUGAUGCAUCUCACUCACCGGCUUCCUGGACUGUGCAUCUGAUGUGGAAGGCAGUGAAGCCUUCUGAAGCCAAUGGAGUAAUCUUGCAGUAUGAACUGACUGUCAGAGAUAAAUCAUCUCUCUCCAGUCCACUGAAGAAAUUCAAUGUUACCAGCACCAACCUUACGUUACAGCUGCCAAAUGGAACUUAUGAAGUGACUGUGAUUGCCCGUAACAGGGUUGGGGCAUCUCCUCCAUCAGUUUUACUUAUCCCAGCAAGUAAUUCAAAAGCUCCUGUGAAGAAUCUUAGAACAUUGCCUAAAUAUGACAAGUUGUGGGUAGGGUGGACUGCUCCUAACAAUUAUGUUCUUAAAUAUGUGGUUGAAUGGUGUCUGGUGUCCAGCCGCUCAGACUGCAUCAUAGAAUGGCAGAUUGCACAAGGAGAUGUUCAAGGAAUAGACUUAAAAGGUAUAAAGCCGUUCAAGUGUUACUUGAUAACUGUGUACCCUCUAUAUGCUGAUGGUCAGGGAAGUGGACAGUCUGUGAAGGCUUAUCUGAAGCAAGAUCGUCCUUCAAAAGGACCUACUGUUCAGACAAAAAAAGUAGGAAAAGCUGAAGCUGUUUUGACAUGGAACCAUCUCACAGUGGAUGAACAAAAUGGAUUUAUCAGAAAUUACACCAUACUUUACAAAACUAUUGAUGGAAAUGAAACAGUUGUGACAGUGGAUCCUUCCAAAACAGAGUAUACCCUUUCCUCUCUAACCAGUGACACACUGUAUACUGUGCGGAUGAUGGCAUCCACAGAUAAUGGAAGCAGGAGUGGUCCUGAUUUCACAUUUACUACACAAAAAUUUGGGAAAGGAGAAAUAGAAGCCAUAGUUGUACCUGUGUGUCUAGCAUUCCUGCUGAUUGUGCUCCUUGCAGUUCUGUUUUGCUUCAACAAACGUGACUUAAUUAAAAAGCAUAUCUGGCCUAUAGUACCUGAUCCAUCCAAGAGUAACAUUGCUCAGUGGUCUCCUCAAGUUCCAGCUAAGCAUAACUUUAGUUCCAAAGAUCAGAUGUAUCCGGAAGGCAGCUUUACAGAUGUAAGCGUCGUAGAAAUAGAAGCUGAUGACAAGAAGUCUUUUUCAGAACAAGAUUUAAAACCCUUUGACUUACUUAAAAAAGAAAAAAGUACUUCAGAAGGGCACAGCAGUGGUAUUGGAGGAUCCUCCUGUAUGUCUUCUCCUAGGCAAAGCGUCUCUGACAGCGAUGAUGGUGAAACGGCACAAAAUACUUCAAGCACUGUACAGUAUUCAACUGUAGUUCUUAAUGGCUACAGAGAUCAAACUCCUGUACAAGUCUUUUCAAGGUCUGAGUCAACUCAGCCACUGCUUGAUUCAGAAGAGAGGUCAGAGGAUCACGCUGGAGGAGAUGACAGUCCAGCACAGAGGCAGCAGUAUUUCAGACAAAAUGGUGGUCAGGAUGAAAACAACAGAGACAGACCAUGCUUUGACAGAACAAAGCAAAUUACUCAUGCUAAUGAGGGGGAUCUUGUUGGAUUUGUACAACUGCAGAUCUCAGGUCAGAGUUCACAGCCAUUGGGCCUUGGGAUGGAAAAAAAUACCCAGGAAGCUGCUCUAUCAAAUGUUUUUCAGGCAAGUACUGAAGGACAAACUGUGAGACCUGAAACAGUGGAAGAAAAUCCCCUGUCAAUUGAUGAAAUGCCAAAAAGUUACCUUCCACAAACUGUGAGACAAGGGGGCUAUAUGCCUCAGUGAGAGAAGAGACUGGCUCUGUUUAGGCCUUCAUUAGUGCCUGUUCACAUUUUCCCCUGUGUUUCUGAUAAAUUAAGCUAGGUAUUUUUAUCUGAAUGCAGAUAGAAAUAUUGAAAUUAAGAUUAAUUUGACAAAGUACAAUAAGGACUGUGUUUUUGUGGAAAAUUCGCAGUCCAGACCUACUGGAGACUUACUUUUAUGCACUACAUAAAAUCUUAUUUCUAGAUAGCUGAACAAGCCUUUGUGCUGUAUUGGGGGUUUUGUGUCUUUUCAUACCAGAAUUUCACAUGAAUGAAAAGGGCAAGUUUUAAUAAAUCAUAUCAGCCAAUAGAAGAAGUACUUCACCUCCUAGAAGAAGUACUUCACCUCCUAGAAGAAGUACUUUGAUUUGUGACAGUGUACAAGCCUAAAAAGCCAACUCUAGUUGUGCAGAGCACCUUUGUGCACCAGUAAGACUGAAGCUUAGUAUUCUGACAUGGAAUACUUGUGUCAUAUAUUUUUCAAUAACUUGUUUGACUUACUGAAUUUUGACUUGGCCCAGUGCCUUAAUUUUCAGCUUACCAGACAUUCAAAUCAUGUUCAUCCCUGUUUAAAAAUUGUAAAAAUUAAAUAUAACUUGUGGUGUGCAAAGAGGAAAACAACAAGAUUGCUUGAAUCUGAAUGCUACUACUCUUAACUGAUAUUUUAUCUACAUUUAGAUGUGUAUACAAAUUAACUAUAUAAUAAUUUGACCUAAAAAGUGUGCCUUGCAACUUGAUGCAUGGCAAUUCAGUCUCAUGUUCAGAAAUUUAAAUAUCAGGUGACACCACCGAUAAACAGUUACUUAAAUCAUUUUGUAUCCCAAUCACUGUCUGACUCUACAAUACCUCUUUCAUCAUAUGUCUUUGUUUAAUAAGUGCACCUUUGCUGUAUACAGCUUGAGAGGCAAGUAACAAGCUUUUACCGUUUUUCUAAUACCUCAGGAGAAAGGGAAUAUGACCUUUUUCCUGAUUGACUACAACUAUUAGUGUGCUGUAGCCUCACUGCUAAUACUGCGGGACCUUCUUGAAACUGAAGGCAGCCAAAGCAUUAAAAUCAUUGACUCUCUUGAAAUUAAAACCAAAACCUGAAUUUGAACUUUGGUAGAAUGUAGCUAUUAGCAAUCACAAGCCACAAAUAACACUUAGGUGGUUGUUAAAAUUCCUUACUUUUUUCUUAAUGUCUCACUUUUUUCCUGCUCAUAUGGUUUUCAAUAUUUGAAAAAGCUGCGUUUCUUGAAAACUGUCUCCACCAGUAUAAAGAAAAAUUAAAUUACGUAACAAUAAGCCCCUUUUCCAGUGAUAAUCAGAAAUUGUAUGGCACUCCUAAAGAUUUUUUUGAAUUAUUUUUAAGCCUAACUUAGACUAGUCAGCUUUCUAAUCUGACACUAAUAAAACUGUAUUCCAAAACACUAAAUGCUGUGUUGUGAGAAUAAAACAAAUGUUUUAUUUCUCCUUCAGCAAAAGAACUAUAUAUUUAAGACCACCUGAAACCUUUUGUGCUGUGACCUCUGGUACUGCUGUUCUGCAGAGCACUUGCUAAAGGCCCUGGAAAGGCAUGUGUCAAUAUCAUUUCAUCUUCUCUUGUUCUUGUCUGACAGCUUGCAUGGAAGGGUGGGUGUACAUAUAAAUGUCCAUGUGUCUUUUGCUUCUGUUACAAAGAAAUUCAGUGCAAGAGUAAAUUCAUAAGAUUAUCUCUUUAAGACUGGUAUAUUUAAAACAGAUAAAGAAUACAGAACCUUUAAUGUUUCAGUAUUCCACAGUUCCUUUCUCCUGACAGUAUUUUUCUGUAUCUGGGCACUUUUUUUUAAGCUAAAAGGCUAUGUUGCAGCUUACUGUAAUUACACCUUUCAACAGAAUGGUCCCCUUCCUUUUUACCCCACUGCACCUCAGCACCUUCAAACUUCCUCACAAAGGGCAAAGGUAUAAUGAAAACUCUGCUGUCAUGAGGCAGCAGAGACCAUCCUCCAUUUUUUAAGAGGUUUAAGGAGCAUUUCUUUGUCAGAACAUGUUCCUCUUGGAAAGAAAUAGCAGUUACUUUAGUGGGGGAUGGGUUGUCUUCUCUAUGCAAACUUUACAGUGACUGUAGAAACCACAAGUAAAAGGGAAAGUCUCUGUUGAGCAGUGUGUGUGCUUAUUAGAACUGCCCAGGAGCCACAGCCAUUUAAUCCAUCUUCUCAUUUCUGAAAUAUUGUAGGCCACAACCUGACUGUGUAGCCUAAACAUUGCUUCAAAGGUCUGAAUGUUUUCAAAAACGUGCUCAUGAUUUUUUUUAAUUGUUUUUGUGAUCCAGGGAUGAUAGCUUUUGAUAGCAUUUGUUAUUUGAGGGAGAAUGUCAGUUAUUCCUUAAGUUGCUAGUUGCCUUUCUGUUAAAGGGGAAGGCAUUUUAUCCUCAGUUGCUGUUAAUUGUGGACCAUUGCUAAUGUUAGAGCAUCAAGAGAUUCUUAUUUUUAAAAAUCUGUGCUAACAAGAGUUCUGGCCUGUCAGUUCUGGUAUUUUUCUUUGAUGUUUAUGGGCCAGUGGUAAUAAACUAAGAAUUGUGCAGGAGUGGAUCCUAGAGAGAGUUCUGGCUGGCAGUUAUAUGCUCUAACUUGAGCUUGUGCAUUUAUCUAGGGCUAAAAUACUAAAGACUAAGCAGGAGAUCCUAGUGAGUGAACAGCUUUGAGAAGCCACAUAUAAAUAACAGGUUUACAGCUAGUUCAUAAACCUAUGUGCCAAAUAUAUCAUGCAAUGUUCAGGGUUUAACUUGAUUUUGUACUUCAGACUGUAAAAAUCUAAUUGUAUCAAAGAAUUGGAUACAGAUUUUUAAGAGUAUCUGUAGCAUAACUAUAGCAAUCAACUGAAAUUUUCUGAAACUUGGGCCUAACAUAGUAAUUAAAAAGUUUUCUCCUCCUCUGACUAAUGGCUGUGGUAUAUUUUACACAAUAAAGGCAUUAUUAAAGUAAAAUCACA